AUGUCUAGAGGAACUGAUGGUCUAUUUUUAUCUCAACGAAAAUACACAUUGGAUAUUUUGUCUGAGACUGGACUUCUUGGAGCCAAACUAGCUACUUCACCAAUCGAUCAACAUCAUCGUUUAGCUCUUGAUUCAUCCCAGUAUCGUCAGCAUAUUGGACGCUUAAUUUAUUUGACCAUCACGCGUCCUGAAUUGUGUUACUCGGUGCCUGUAUUGGAUCAAUUUAUGCAGUCUCCUAGGGUGUCUCAUUGGGAAGCUGCUCUCCGAGUUCUUCGUUAUCUAAGGGGUCAUCCUGGCCAAGGGAUUGUUUUAUGCAAGGAUAGUGCUCUUCAACUUAUUUCUUAUUGUGAUUCUGAUUGGGCCUCCUGCCCUCUUAGCCUUCGUUCGCUUACUGGUUACUUUAUUGUAGAGCCCCCUAAGCUAGCUGCCGAGUAA